UGUAUAUAUAUAAUACAUACAUAUUUAUCAUAAGUGAUUAUAAUAAGAAAAGGUGCUGAAGUUUCACUGCAAAUAUUUUGACAGGAAUUUGAAGAACAAUUAAAAAAUGUCCUCUACUGGAAUACUCACGUUUAUGUUAAUAUGUGUCGUUUUUACUUUUGUCAGAGCUAUAAAGUUUUAUCAAAAUCCUGAGAGUAGACGUAACCUCUGCGAUGAAAACUAUGAUGACAAAAUAAAGUGUUUUUGCAAUAAAGAUCUUUUCCACCCUGAUUUUAUUGAAACUUUUUGUUUUUUGACCGUGGAUGAAGUGCCAAAUGAGGAUCCAAUAUGGAAUAAUUUUAAAGAUUUGGAAAAUGCUAGUUCAAUAAUUUGGAGCGGUUAUGGAAAAACUGUUGUUAAAUUUAUCCCCACAAAUGCCCUUAUUUACACUAAAGUAUUACUAGAAAUUAUAGUUUUAUAUGGAAAUAUUGACGUUAUCGAACCCUUUGCCUUCGCGAAUUCGACUUCUCUAGAAUUUAUCACACUGAAAGAUAACCAGAUAAUGGUAUUAAAACCUUACGCAUUUGCCCAUCUAAGAAACUUAAUGACAAUAACUAUAGAUAUUAAUCUCAUAAAAGAAAUAAAUGCAGAUGUAUUCAUUGAUUUGCCAUCGCUUGAAAAAAUUUAUCUCUCACAUAAUGAGAUAACAACUAUCCACGACAAAGCGUUUGUGCAUUUGCCGAACUUGAUAGAGCUAGAAAUCAAUCUAAAUAAUUUGUCCAGUCUAAACAGUAAAACGUUUUUAGGCUUAGAAAACUUGCAACAACUUGAUAUAAGUGGCAACAGUUUACAAGUUAUUGACGAUAAUACAUUUGUGCAAUUGAAAAAAUUAUUAACGUUGAAACUAGGAAGGAACAAAAUUCAAAUGCUCGAAAAAAAAGCUUUCGUUGGACUCGUUAACUUAAACUAUUUAUCUUUAGCUGAUAAUAAUCUUAUAGCUAUAGACAAUAAACAAAUAUUUGAAGAAUUACAAUCGAUGACUCAACUGGACUUAAAAGGAAAUAAGCUGCAAACACUUAAAGCUGAAGUCAUGGCCCCAAUAUUCAAUAAUCUAUUAAAAUAUACCAGCAGUUUGUAUUUUCAAGAUAACAGCUUCCUAUGUAAUUGUGAACUGGAAUGGUUUAUGAUUCUGAUGAAAAAUACGCAAAGCACUCAUAUUAAGUCGUCCAUAAACAAUCUUAAAUGCACACCCAGUUCUGAACAAGUGAAAUGGCUUAAAGCUAUAGAAGCAAGGAAACCAACAACCUCAUAUAUUACAUUAUCAGAUAAUACAGAGUUAACUGGACAAAUUUUCUACAGAGACCUGGAAUAUCUUUUGAAUUGUGACACGAAUUUCAAUAACAUGCUACUUAUUACAAUAAACACUAAUCAAUCAACUGACCAAGAACUAGAAGAGUCAACACCUGGAAAUAUUGAUAAAAUAACUAGUCAAGAUCAGUUCGAUUGGUCAAAAGUAUUUUCAACAGGUUUGCUAGAAAUUUUACAAAGUGAUGAAAGUAUUGGUGAAAUAACUAGCCAAGACCUUUCAGACUCAUCGCAGUCUUCAACAGUUGGUACAGACACCUAUCAAAGAAGUGAUGGAAGUAUUGAUAAAAUAACUAGCCAAGGCCUUCUAGACUCAUUACAGGGAUCUUCAACAGUAGGUAUAGACACCUAUCAAAGAAAUGACGGAAGUAUUGAUAAAAUAACUAGCCAAGGACUUUCAGACUCAUCACAGGUAUCUUCAACAGUUAGUAUAGAAACUUCUCAAAGUAAUGAACACAGUUAUGGUGAUACAAAAAGGAACUACACCUCGACAUUGAAUGAACCUGGAGAUAACAUAUUUUAUGACCAAAGCCCGACGUCAUCAGAUCAGACCAGUACCGAAAUCACAGGACACGUGAAAGAUUUCGAUGUAUUUAGUAGUGAAGAACACAAAAACUUUGGAUACGUUUUUACGCUUUUUGCUCUUUUAGGUUUAAGUCUUUUUUUAUUGGUAGCUAUAUUUAUUGAUGUCUUUAUAACAAGGCGUUAUUUUGCGAUCGUCUAUUAUAUAUGA